AUGGUGUCUUGGCUGUCUCCACAAGUUGUCCUUUUCUUCGUGGUCUUCUUGGGCGGCGCAGCAUCUGCGCUGUUCCAACGCGCGUCUUGGUACGCGGACCAUGGCGAUAUGGAUUCUUGUUUCUUGUGUGUAUCGUUCGCGAUCACUUCGGUCUACUUUUACGUCCAUUUGCUCUGCAUUUACGUCCAGAUAUCAUUGGAAGUUGAUCUAGCCAGGUUUGAUCCAAAUGACCCCAAUGGUCCCCGCGGCUCUCCUGGCUCGGAUUUUAACCCCGGUGGACAAAAUAAACCACCCAGUGGCCAGUCACCCCAACCUUCACGGCGUGGCCCUGCGCGUGGAGGGUCUUCCACGUCCUCGCGUUUCUCCGAUUCCCCUCUGUCUAGUUACAGAAGCCGUGCAGUCUUAUUCAUGAUUAUGCUAAUCGCAAUCAUGUAUUUGCAGUUUGUCUCAUCCCGUGGUAACGAAUACUUCUGCGAGAUUGACGAGGACUACCUAACCGAUCGGUUCAACCUCACCGGUUUGAACACCGAAGUUCCGUACUAUCAGUACGCCCUUGAUCUUGUGACCGACGUUUUCGAUCUUGAUGCCGACGACGAUCUGCGUGAGCAAAUUGAAAAGUCUGCCCGUCACCUCUAUGGCUUGGUUCAUGCCCGGUACAUUGUUACCACUCGUGGUCUUGCCAAAAUGCUUGAAAAGUACAAGAAGAGCGACUUCGGAAAGUGCCCACGCGUGAUGUGUGAUGGGCAUGCUUUGCUUCCUCUUGGCGAGUCCGAUCUUCCGAAUGCCAGCACCGUCAAGCUGUACUGCCCCAAGUGCGAAGACAUCUACAACCCGAAGUCGUCACGUCACUCGUCCAUCGAUGGUGCGUACUUCGGUACCUCGUUCCACUCCAUUCUUUUCCAGGUCUAUCCGGCCCUCAAUCCCGAGAAGAGCAGCCGUCGUUAUGAACCCCGGAUCUACGGCUUCAAGGUGCACGCCGCAGCUGCACUUGCUCGAUACCAAGACAACCAGCGUGAGGAUCUCAAGUGGCGUCUCGCCGAGGUCGAUAUCAACCACAGGUUCAUCGAGGAUAGCGAGAGUGAUGACGAUGCAUUCGAGUACGACGAAGAUUAUGUUGAAGGCCACGUGGAGCAAGUCAAGAACGACAAGCUCUUCGGUGAUGCAGCUUCGCUCGCAUGA